AUGCCUCCCCGGGCCCCCAAGUGGUGGUCCUCCCCGCCCAAUGAUGCCGACCUCGACUACGGCUUCGAUUCUGACGAUGGCGACAGAUCCAAUCCAGACCCCCAACGCAGGACACCAGACGCCGAGGACAAGGGUGUGCUUGGGAACAUGGCGUCCUGGCUGCAACGCCAGGCGGGCUCCCAUCCCACGCAGCUCACCACAACGGCCGUGCUAUCUGGCGCGGCUGUAGCGGGCGCGAUUUUCGGAUACCAAGCUUUUCGCCGGAAGGAGGCCGUGCAUGACCUGAAGGCUUCCAUCCCGGAGAUUGGUGAGCGGCACCAUGCGGACAAGGUGAGUUUUAUCCUUUCGAAUUCUACAAUACAAGGGCUGAUUGGUGGACCUGAAGCUCACGCAGUUCGGCGCCGCAGCCUCGGAUGUGCAAUUAAGCAAGGAGGACGAACGCAGCACAGCUUUGGCGCGUAG